AUGCUGCCAGCUAAGUGGACUACUACGGAACAGUACCUAUGGCUCCAAGAACAGUUCCAGGAGUAUACUGCAAUCCACGACGGGGACAAAGAAUACACGCUCUUCUGGCCAAAAAUCUAUCUUUAUUGGUUUAGCAGAUGGCCCGAGCGAGCUAUCCUCUUCCCUGGUAUCGCUAAUGAAACAAUGUUAGAAAAGGAGCAACAAACCGCAGAAACUGAUGCUGUGGAUUCACGUAAAGCUCAAUUACAAACUUGGUUUCGUUGGCGGACGAAUGCAUCCAAGAAAAACCGCGGCUUGAAGAAGGACACGUCCGUCUUCGAAGCGGCACUGGUACCGAAGUCACGCGUGAAAUCCACUGAAGAGAUAUACAUGGACAUGGUCUAUAGUGAACGCAUCAAGCCUCUCGUCAAGGCCGAACAAGAGGCAGGUAACAUAAGUACAGCUGGCCAGUGCAUGGCAUUGAGCCGAAGGUUUUGCAAGGAGCUCCUGGAAGACGAGUCAGACGAGGUUAAGGAGGAAGUGAGAGAGAGGUAUAGUAGACAGAAAAAGGUAAAGAGGGUCGUGUUAGACGAUGAAGAUGACAACGAUGAAACUGACGCUGACGCUAUCGCAAAAGCUAUCGAUGACUUACCAAUCAUAUGCCAGCGCUUCGCACGUCUCAUCAAGAAAAAAACUCGAUUCAUAGUCUCCUUCAUGUGCGCUGGACCAGAGCCGAGGCAUGAUUGGGACAUCGUUUCAUUAUCGUGCCAUCCAUCAGAAACUCCCGCUGGGAGUAAUUUUUCUCAAUUGUGCCCUGACAAGGACAACACAUUCCUUGCGGCAUACCAGCAAUACGCUGAGUUGAUAUUCCCUGCGAACAAGCGCGAUCCACUACUGCCAGGUGUUGGAGAUGGCAAUGAGAUUGAAGAACUUGAAGGAUGCGACAAUGGUGAAGAGGAUAUGAAUGGAGGAUGCGAUGGUUCCAUGGAUUGGAAUAUUCCAGGCUUCGCUACUUCCUCUGAUGCAUCAAUGAUGUCAGGCUUCGGUAAUACCGAAGCCGGCAUCAGUGAUGCAUCAUCAAUCAAUGAACUUGAUCAAUCCGUGUUUAACUCCGAGGCCCAAUCUAAUGCAUCAUUCGAACAGGCCGAGCCUGAUGCAUUGUCAGGCUUUGGUAAUACCAAAGCCGGCAUCAGUGAUGCAUUACUCAAUGAACUUGAUCAAUCCACGUCUAACUCCGAGGCCCAAUCUAAUGUACCAUUCGGACAAGCCCAAACUGAUGCAUCACUUGCGCAGGCUCAACUUCACGCAUCAUUCGAUUGGCACAACAUUAGUACACUGCCUCCCGAUCCAACUAGUGUGGAUGGGAUGAACGAGGUGUUCGGGUCAUCGUUUUCUCAUGCUGAUCUUAUAGCGAUGGGGUUUUUGGGUGGCGGUAGCACCAUGCCGAAUCCAUUCCCCCCGGCAUUCAGCUCAUUUGCACCCUCACUCACCGAUGCUAGGAGUACUGUACCAGGAUACUAUGACAUGCAACACGACACGCGAUAUGGCACGAUGUGGAAUUUUAGCAACCUUGAUUCACAGGGGUGGGAGAUGCCUAGCCUGUCCUCAUUCUUGAGCUCCCCAAUUUCUGCCGAGCGCACCACCACCACAGCUGAACAGGAUGAGGUUCUUCCUCACUUUACUCGUCAGUCGCCCAUUCUUCCGGCAGCAAAUCAUCCUGCAGAUGACAGCGCAGAAGACCUUGACAGCAUUCAUACUGGUGCUGGUCUUCCUAAGUCUAAGCGCAAGCACAAGUUGAAGCUCCCGGCUGCCAAAGUCAAUUGCAAUCCUGCUAUAGAACCCACCCCCACCAUCACGCCGCCCAUGAACACAGCCAAACCCAAGGCCAAACCCAAAGCAAAACCUCUCACCAAGUCUGGUGCGGUAACGGAGACAUCGCACGCUACUGCUGACAAAGGCAAUACGCUGGGUCAUUUGACUGCCCCCAAUACUGCCACGAAACGGAAUCCGGCGGUUGAUAUCGGUGCAGCUCCUCGUGUAUCAAAGCGAAUUCCAAUCAAGUCCAGGCGGAAUGAUGUCGCUGACACUAUCGGGUCAGGUGGUUCGACGUUCGUUGGCAUUGGUAGGGAAGAUCCACCUGUUCUGGGGGAUGUCGGGGCAUCAAUGAUGAAGUGUCCUCCCAACUUGACUAUGGGCAGCGUGAUUCCUGCAAAGAAAAGGCGAACAAAGGCAUGA